UGCCACCGUCUUGUUAUUGCUCCGCCAGUUAUCUAUUCCCAUGGCACCGGUACCACCAGACGAUAAGACUGGUUGGCCGAUCCCCAGACUCAGCAUCCGAGUAGACGAUCUCGCCCAUGAAGGUGCUGUCAUAUUCUUCGAUGUCGUCGAUCCGUUAGCGGCCUUAAGAGAGGCCGUGGCCGCCAGUUUCACCUGGCUAUAUACGAAAGAGAAGCACCCUAGCAACGUGGAAUGUAUCAAUCUCAUACUACGACCUAUGCCGGGUGUUGCGUAUACGCAUGGCUCCAAUACAGACAAGGAGAUCCACCUGUCUCUGGAUCACAUUGCCCGCUCAGCCGCGCGGGCGAGGGGGGAAAUCAUGGGAGUUCUCGUUCAUGAAGUCGUCCAUUGCUUCCAGUAUAACGCCAAGGGCACAGCACCGGGAGGUUUGAUUGAAGGGAUAGCCGACUUCGUGCGUCUGAAUGCGAAGUACGCACCUCCACACUGGAAACGCGACCCUACGACGGAUGGCAAGUGGGAUGCAGGCUACCAGACGACAGGCUACUUCCUCGACUGGAUGGAGCAGCGUUACGGCGACGGCACCGUCCGCGAGAUCAACGAGGCGAUGCUUGACAGGCAGUACGACAGUCAUAUCUUCAAGGAGGUAACAGGGAGGAGGGUCGAGAAGCUAUGGAAAAUAUAUUGUGAGGAGGUGGGUGGUGCGCCCUAGCCUGGGAGAACUAGCCUAUACCUCUUUUGUCCUGGACUUGAUGAAUGGACUAGUCGACCUGUGAAUGGUGCCGGGCAUCAAAUCUCAGCAGCCGUACAUACCACCCGACCAGCCCUCAAUGUGCCGAUGCCGACUGAAGGUUUGCUUGACACUUCUGAACUAGGAAUUAUGGGCCCACAUGGGAGCGAUUGCAUGUUGUUCUUCGUAGUUCCUCCGUUUCUGCUGGUGGGCGCUUGACGCGCCACCAGCCCAUGAUCCACCAAGCUUACCUCGCUAUCAUUCCCGCUGUAUAGAUUCGCUGGUCAAGAUCUCCGUGACGGAGAGGCAUUUGUCGGAUAGGAAUGGGCAAACAUACGGCGCUCGUACUGCACAGGUGCUUCAGGU